AAAUAGUUGGAAUAUAUUAAUUGAGCAAGAUGUGUAAGUGAGUUAAAACACACAGAAAAAGGACACGCUGCUUUGUCAACUACAUCGCAAAUAAGGAACCGGGAAUAAGUAACCAACUUCCAGGUGGUGUAAAUUGUACAUGUUACUGAGCUGUGUCAAGCUGCCUUUUAUCUCUCCUGCUUUUGCAUUGGUCAGAUUUCCUUUUGCUUUAACUAACAACGUAUAAAAGCUCCCAAAUAUAAAUAGAUUUACUCGCAAGCGCGUCAUCUUGUGGCAAGACUAUGUUGCUGCAUUGGUUCUUGCAAACAAGGCAAGAGAAACAAAGUAUUAUUUGAAUGCAGCUGUUGUCAUGGAGAUAUAAACAUUGGAACACUACAACACGAUAAGGAACCUUGCUGUGUCGUGUGGAGGUUUUGACAAUGUCCUAUAUGCAUACCCCUAAAAAAUCUGGAAUACCUCGAGAGGUGCUAAAAUGGUUACAAAGUCUUGAUCUGUCCUUUGCUCCUAAAAACGCUCGCAGAGACUUUUCAAAUGGAUACUUAGUCGCUGAAAUAUUCUCUUGGUACUACCCUGAAGACUUCCCAAUGGAUUUUUAUGAUAACGGAGUUUCAUUACAAACAAAAUUUGGGAACUGGUCACAGAUCGAGAAGUUCCUAUCAAAAAGAAAUAUCAACCUCCACAAGGAAGUGAUUGAUGGGACGAUUCACUGCAAACCUGGUGCUGCAGAAAUUCUAGUUCGUGAGAUUUACACGAUACUGACAAACAGAAAGAUUAAAACUACUCAUGAAGAGGAGACUGAUUUCACUGACCGUAAUUACCAAGAGAUGUUACCAAUGGUUGCUCGAGCCACAGCUUCGAAAUCUAUCAAAAACAACCUAAGAAUCACUGAGCUUAUGUCCGAACCAGACACCAAUACAAACAAGCAGAAAAUUCAUGCAAUCAUCCACAUGCAUCUGCAACAGAGGCAGUUUGAGAGAGCAGAGAACCCCAAACGCUUUGAUAUUAAGCCAACACUGGGAGAGCUUGCUGUUAGACUCCCACCAACUUCCCUGCAGUGUCAGAAUUUGGACCCAGAAACCAAUCCCCCAAAGCUGAAAGGAGAAAUCAAAUGUUUGGCAAAGCCGUCACCUUCAGAAAUCAGAAGCAAGAGCAACGUUCAAUUCAAGGAGAUUGAUGUGAGACAGACUAAUAAAAAUGCAUUGAUCUCCACUGCUGGCUUAUCAUCUCAAAUUAAAGGAAUUUACAAUUGAAUUAGGACCAGGCCUACAGCACUUUGAAAUUCAUCAGCAUGGAGAAACAAGAACUCACCCUUGAAUGUAUUUGUGUGGUUCUUUUUACGUUUUACCCAAUAAAAUUAUUUCUUAAUUACUGAGAGGUUGGGGGUUGUCUGAAACCCUAACAACCAGAAUUAUAUGAAUUAAGAUCUUGACGAAUAUUUUAAAGUUCUUUAUACUAUGCUUGACUCAAAGUCUGUGUUGAGAAAAGACCACACUUCAUAGCAAACCUGUAAAGUACUGUUCUUAGCUUGCAUCUUUGCUUCUCAUUUGCUUGCUUACAAAGACCAGUGGGGAACGU